AUGGCGAAAGGGUGGUCUUACCUCCAGGUGGAGAGCAAUGAGCGUGUGCGUGAUGACUUACAAGCCUAUGCAGCCGGGGCGUUGGAAGCUCACCUGACACGUCGACGAAUGGAAGAGCACUGGGCGAAUAUUUUCUCAAGUUACUGCACCAACCAAGCAGAGUAUUGCCGCAAGCUUGAAGACUUCGCCAUGCAGAACAUCAACUACACACGCGAGCAGCAGCAUCAACUUAGGCACAAGGAUCCAUUCUGGAAUAUGAUUGUUGGUGACUUCGACGAUUUGUACAUCGCUCAUGAUACCUGGUUCGUCUACCGCGGAAUGUUGCGUGUACAGAAGAAGUACAUUUUUCCAUGGCAUCGUACUUCGUCGGAGACUACACCGG